AUGCCAUCAUGGCUCGAGCGCUUCCGUCAAAGGAUCUCCUCCCAGGGCUCCACUAGCGGCCAGAGCCAGAACCUCCCCACGUCAACCACAACGCCGCAGGAUUUUCAAACUCGAGUGUUCCGCUGUCUCUCUGGACCAGACCAAGAAACGAUUCGCCAACAUCUCCUGCCCGAUACGGGGGUUAUCGACACCGUUGUACAGCAGGCUCUCACCGCGACCAGCCAGAAACAGAAGAUCUGCCAGGCGAAGAGAUGGACCUUUACGUUUCGCGGGCAAACGGUCGUCUUGAGAGAGAAGGCGGGCAAUGUUGUCCAAUGGCUAGACCGGUUGAAGCAGGUUGGAGAUGUCGCCUCUAAUGCUGAUCCGGUGCAUAUUGGACUUCCGUGGGCUGGCAUCCGUCUUCUUCUCGAGGCAGCCGUUUCGGAACACCGCCAAAUGGCGACUCUUCUCGUUGGCCUUGAAAUGGCACUGUACCUAUCGAACCGAUUGCAAGUAUAUAUGGCCUUUUUGGCCUCUCUUGCAAGAACUCCGGCAUGUGAGAACUUCGAAUCUACCUUGGUCGAUUUCCAUGUACUGAUAUUACGAUUCCUGGCGCGGGCUAUACGGAUCUAUGAAAAAGGGAGCAUCGCUCGUGGAUUUGAAGCAUUUUGGCGAAUGGAAGAGGUGUCUACUUUCGAGGAUGAGAGCAACAAGAUGGCCAGUCGUGCCGAGCUCGAGACCAGGAACUGUGAUCGCGAUUUACACGGUAUCGCGAGGCAGCAAUUAGAAGAGGCGUUGAGGAAACUGGAAGAUUUACGUGAUAUACGGAAGGGCAUCGAUGAACUAAAGCACAAGCUCGAUCUCAGCAAGCUUCCAGAGGCAGCUGGUGCCGCAUUCAAUUCUUAUCACGACGAACUCGAUGCUCGAUGCCAUCCCAAAACUCGUGGCGAUCUACUCCGGGAUAUUGACACUUGGGCAAACGAUGUCAACGGCGAGACUAUCUUCUGGUUACGCGGCAUGGCUGGUACCGGCAAAUCGACGAUAUCUCGCACGGUGGCGCAAACCUUGGACGACCAGAAUCAGCUCGGGGCAAGUUUCUUCUUCAAGCGAGGAGAGCGGGAUCGUGAGAAUGCCCGCUUAUUUUUCCCCACCAUCGUUCACGGACUCGUGCGUCAGGUGCCCGAGUUGAAGCCUCAUGUCCAUCGAACGGUCGAUGAUGAUCCUGGGAUCGCGGGUAGGACGCUGAAGGAGCAGUUUGAUAAGCUGAUAUUUCAGCCUCUCACCCGUCUUGGCUCUAUUCCGUCGAUACCGCUCAUUUUGGUGGUUGAUGCACUGGACGAAUGUGACCGAGAAGGAGAUAUACGUACCAUCAUCUCUCAACUCGCCCGCACACGAGAGCUGAACACGGUCCGCUUACGCGUUUUUCUGACCAGCCGGCCUGAGCUGCCAAUCCGCCUCGGCUUUGCCCAGAUAAGCGUAAAAACGCAUCGGGAUGUCGCUCUACAUGAUAUUCCACUUCACACGAUCGAACAUGACAUUUCUGUCUAUCUGAAAGAUGAACUCACGCGGAUUCGAGAUGAUCACCAAUCUCUUCUUCAGGCUGGCCAGUCGUUAGCCCCUGAUUGGCCGGGUACCCAAGCUCUGAGCACCUUGACUCAACUAGCAGUACCGCUCUUUAUUGUGGCUGCCACAGUUUGUCGGUUUAUCGGUGACAUAAAGGGCAAUCCUACGAAGCGUCUUGCCAAGAUCCUCGAUCAGCCGAUCGGACAGAGGCCGCAACUCGAAUUGACUUACCUUCCCGUGCUUAGUCAGAUGGUGGCUGGAGUGCAGGAUGAUGAGGAGCGGGAAGAAUUCUGUCAUAAUUUUCGGCGCAUCGUCGGUUCCAUUGUGCUGCUCACUAAUCCCUUGUCGAUAAUAUGUUUAGCUAGAUUGCUUGAUAUUGACGAGGCGGACAUUGACGACCAGCUGCGUUCUCUCCACUCCGUGCUUUGGGUUCCCACCGACAAUCAUACACCGGUCCAUCUCCUUCAUCUGUCUUUUCGGGAAUUUCUCAUGAAGAAAAGCCAUUCCGACUUGGGACGACCAUUUAUGAUUGAUGAAUCCACCGCACACGGAUUUCUGGCCGAUAAAUGUCUUGCCCUGCUCCAAAGUUCUGAGGGUUUACACAAAGAUAUCUGUCAGUUACGGCGCCCGGGAGUACUUCGAAAGGAGAUUGAUAACGCCACCAUAGAGGCCUAUAUUCCUGGGCAUGUUCAAUACGCGUGCCGCUCCUGGGUGCAUCAUGUCCAGCACAGUGGACGAAAGAUUCGCGACGGUGACAGCAUCGACUAUUUUCUCCGCCAGCAUUUUCUCCAUUGGCUCGAAUGCCUGAGUCUUCUUGGUCAAAUCUCGGACAGUAUUUGUUUGAUUGACACAUUACAAUCACGCAUGGAGGGAAAUCAUAGUGAACUUUACACCUUCCUCUACGAUGCUCGGCGAUUGGUGCUCACAUUCAAUUUUAUUCUCGCACAAGCUCCGUUACAAGUUUAUGAGCACAGUCCGAUACACUUUUCAGGAGCAAAGAUUACAAAAUAUCGAAGUAACGGGCGGGCUACCAGAGCAGUGGAGUGCAUGCUUACAAACUUAUGA